AUGCAACAUCUCCGCGAUUACCAGUUAAGCUCCUCUCCAAAAGGUCCUCCCGAGCUCACUAUAUUAGACGACGCCGCAUAUGACCGACAGGAUGUGCGGGAUAGUGUGGACUCGCUAGAAGGCUACCUUCACUCCCUGUGGCACAUGUACUAUCAGCUCGGCCGACACACGUCGCAUGAAACGACUGACCAAGACCGCCUGGUCCUCGACAUUGUCCGCAUUCAGGGCCAAGGCCCAUUGACUAGGCCCGUUCCUGGUUUGUACGGGGUCGAUAUCGCACGAACAGUCAAAGGUACACUGUGGAACGAUCUACCCUUCUUGGCCACGGAUAUGGCCGACUUCUGGAUCAACAAUUGCGCGCCCAUGUCGGGAACGCAGCGCCUCAACUUCGCGACCUUCUUGGCUAAGCUGGCAUCGACUAGGGUUAGCAAGGACCGAAUAUGUCAGAUCGCUCUCGUCCCAUUUCGCUCAACUUUCGAAGACAGACGAGAACUUCGCUACUCGGAGGAGCCGGAUGAGGAACAAAAGAGUCGAAAAAUCGACCAUCUCGAUAUUACAAACUUGUUGCCAGCGGCCUAUGCGUGGUUCAAGGAGGCUGGUUACAAUCCCAUCCAACUCUCGGAUGUCUGCUGGAAUGAUUGUCCGAGCACGAUAGGUCAAGGUGGCCAAUGGUUCAUCGAGUCGGAGCUUGGGAAGCGAUCACCAGCGGGAUUCACACCGUGGCGAUGGAUGUACUGGCUUAAGCGUCUCCAUGAAAUUCGGCAUGAGGCAAAAGAAGUCAAUGAGAAACGCCUUGAGCAGUACGCUACGGAUGCUAUCGAGCUUAUGGUUAACCAAGCGAAUGAUCGCAACUCUGGAAUUCUGAGGGCUUACCGAGACGGCGGGGAUGCUCUACAUCAGGAAAAACACUUGUUGUGUCUGCAGAAGAAAUUCGAAAUGCCUGCAUGGAGGUCUUUGUCAUCAAUAGCCGAAUGUAGUAGUAACGACUCCCGCCCACAAGCGAGCAAAGCCCCCUAG